UACCCUCCACCAACCACACAAACUCAACGUCUCAAACAAAACUCUUCCAAAUUCUCCAAUCACAGCACAAACUCUCCCAAAUUCUCUCUCCUCCCCACCCAAAAAAAUGGGACUCGUCGUAAACUCCGGCGACGAAACGACAUUAACACUUCUAAACGACGAAAUUCUCUCUCCUCCCCAAAAAAACAUCCCAAAAGACUCAUUUCACUUCGCAUACAUAAUCUACUUCACACUAGGAGCAGGUUUUUUACUCCCAUGGAAUGGAUUCAUCACAGCCGUUGAUUACUUUGACUUUCUUUACCCUGAUGAAAGCGUUGAUCGAAUCUUCGCCGUUGCUUAUAUGCUUGUGGGUCUUUUCUCUCUCAUCUGUAUCAUCUUCUCACCUAGAAAGUCCGAUGCUUUUGUUCGGAUUAAUAUGGGCUUGGGCCUUUUUGUUGUGUCCCUGCUUGUUGUACCUCUUAUGGAUGUGUUCUAUAUUAAGGGCCGAAGUGGGCUUUAUAAUGGGUUUUAUGUUACUGUUGGAGCUUUGGGCCUUUCGGGCCUUGCUGAUGCGUUGGUUCAAGGUGGGCUUAUUGGGUCUGCCGGUGAGUUGCCGGAAAGAUAUAUGCAAGCUGUUGUUGCUGGCACUGCUGCUUCAGGUGUCCUCGUUUCCUUUUUGCGGAUCUUUACAAAAGCAGUAUAUCCUCAAGAUAUCCAUGGUUUGAGAAACAGUGCAAUUCUGUACUUCAUUGUUGGGAUUGUACUUAUGAUUAUCUGUCUCGUCUUCUAUAAUGUGGCACAUAGACUUCCUGUUAUUAAAUACUACAAUGAGCUCAAAUUACAGGCUGUAAAUGACGCAAAGCAGGAUAAAGGCCCUCUAUCUGGUCCUGUUUGGGAAAUUAUGGGAACAAUCAAAUGGCACGGGUCUGGGAUUGUGCUCAUAUAUGUUGUGACUCUAUCUAUAUUUCCGGGUUUCAUUACAGAAGAUGUGCAUUCAGAACUACUCGGGGAUUGGUACGCGAUUCUUCUUAUAACUGCAUACAAUAUAUUUGAUUUAGUGGGCAAGUGUUUGACUUCCAUCUAUCUCUUUGAGAACGAAAAUGCUGCUGUCAAUGCAUGUUUGGCUCGAUUGCUGUUUUAUCCUCUCUAUUUGGGAUGCUUGCAUGGUCCCCAAAUUUUCCGAACCGAGAUUCCUGUGACAGUGUUGACUUGUCUAUUGGGGCUAACAAAUGGCUAUUUAACUAGUGUACUGAUGAUUCUGGCUCCUAAAAAAGUUCAACUGCAACACGCAGAAACAGCAGGAAUAUUGGUCGUCCUAUUCUUGAUUCUUGGUUUGGCUUGUGGUUCAAUCGUGUCUUGGUUCUGGGUCAUCUGAUCUUAUAGCAACUUGUUAAUCUCCAAUGCUGUAAUCUGGUAUGAUAUAGCUGAAAUUUUCAUUGAUUAGAGAUCAUCUUCGUCUCAAGUGUACGUGAAAAAGGGAAGGGGCGGAUCUCUAGCUUGUUUGGUCCCUGAUCUCGUCAUGAUGGGGUAGUCAGGGACUCGGAUGUAUAUUUUCAUAUUGUAAAGUUCUGUAAGAUACAUUUCUUUACAUUUGUAAGUUCCAAUUCUGUAACUUUCAUCUAUCUCUCAUAGUUAUGCAAUGUUUCAAAGAAUUUCUUUUUCA